AUGUGCGACGUCUUCCCCACGUAUGCGGAUUUGUAUCCCUACCCGUAUUCGGAGCACCAUCAUUCGUGCACCUAUUUGCCGACAACGUCGCAGCCCCAGGACGGACGACUGUUGUCCGUUGAUGGGGCUUGGUCUUGUGCGCGUGCGCACUCGUUGAGGAGUAAUGGAUCAGAGUAAGAGAGCUGACAAUCGUUGAUUGAGGGAAAAUUUGGUAUUCAGAGACCUGUUUGGGGACAUGAAAGUUAUCUUAUAGAAAAUUGACAACAUUUUUUUAUUUUUUUUACGGCAAAUCAUGAAAAAUGAAUUUUAAGCUCAGUUCUAGAGGCUCGGUCGAAAACUACGCCCUUUCUUGUCAAUAUUUUCCUUCUAUAAGGUCCAAAUAGGUUAAGUAAUCAAGAGUUCGAUGAGUUUCUCUCCGCCCCCCACGCCACCCAUGGGAAAAUGAGGGAAACGAUAAUUAAACCCCUUUACAUUAAGUGCUGAGGCGUUAAGUGCUAUUCCGAACAAAAAAUUGGCUAUUUGCUGCAGCCAGAAAAAGCUACAUAGGCUUCAUUGGACGGUCUAAACAUUCUUUUCUAACUUCAAUUUUUCAGGCGCCGCCGCAAAUUGGCCCGUGACCAAUGGCCAUUGACUGGCCACAUGGACGACGAUGAUGAUCAACUUGACGAGCUCUACGACUCCUCACAAUCACCUUCUCCUCAGCCUUAUUACCACAAGAAUAUUGCGCGAGGCGCGUCGCCGGUCAACGUGUUUCAUCCGAAUCCGGUGAAUGCGGCGUCGAGUGGGAUUUCGUCGUCCUGCUCAACGAACUCAUCAACUAAUGGCUAUGCGCUGACGAUAAAUGGACAUGAGAAUUCGCUGUAUACGAGCAACAACGAGAAUCACGCGCCUUGUGACGUGUUCGAGGACGAGAAAUUGAGUGGAAGUCAGACGGAUCGGUGUGGAAAUUUGUUGAGAAAUCAGCAGAUGAGGUCAUUCAACGUCGACUCGCAAGGACGAAUCGUUGAUUGUGGAUUCCGAAGAGGGCGACCAAGCCGGCCAUUAACUAGUAAGUGGAACAUAGGCUGCAUUCUAUCUAAAAACAGGAUUUUUUGAAUUUUCGGCGAUGCUAAGCGUCAAAAAUUUUGAUUUUUUUAUAUAGGCUAAAACUCACAAGUUUUCUGUUAAUGACAACAUAACGUGUCAUGUUUAUUUUUACUGCUGAACGUCAUGGCACCUGGUUGUAUUAUUUUUCGACCGGAUUACACAUGUUCACCUUAAUCUUGAAUUAGAAAUCAGGCUUUUACGGGCCUGUUAAUGGUCGGUUUUCUUGACGUGUAGAACAUCCCAAAGGCCUGCAUUAUCAAUGCUACAUUUUACUAAGGGCCAUUACGUACUGCAUAGGCGCUAAAACGUUUUUUUGAGUAAGAAAAAAGCCCAAUAAAGUAAAAAGAAUUUUAAUUGUUGACAAUGAAUAAGGAAUGCGAGCGGCCGGGCCAAAACGGAUUAGCCAAGGAUAAGAUGAGACGUUGAGAUUACUAAGCGACCCAUCGCAGGUACUAGAGUAGUCGGAUUCAUGUCGUUUCGCAAAGCGUUUGCCCGAAUUCGAAGGUCCAAGCGCAAUUUGAAAGCCACUAAAUCUGCGUUUCCGCCGGUCAUUGAGGAGGGCAAUGGCUGUCAGAAAUUGCUAUAUAGUAAGUUAAAUACGGUAUUAGUCGCUUGUGGAUACUGUAUAAAGACUGUUUAUUUUGAAGACCUCUUAUAUGGCGGAAGAAAUUCUAAUUAUCCUGAGCAUAUUUUCGCUUGACUUUUUUGACUUCUCGGCCUUAUAAUUCGAAUAAUGUAAUCAUGGAAGCCAAGGAUCCAUUUCCUCUUGCACACCAGCUAGUUCCGGGAAAAUAACGUGACCUUGUUAAGCCAAACGCUACUCGAAUUUCGACUCGUCUUUAUAACAGGAUGGGACGGGAAAUUGGAGGAAAAGUAAUUCGAAUUUAUAAGCAAAAAUUAGGCGUCUAGGCGCGUUAUACCGUGGCUAAUGUGACUUGGGAAUGAAAAAUGAUACGUCAUAGGGAUAUUAGGUGAUUUGAUCUGUUUCACCAUUUCUAAUCAACUUUCCAUUCCAGGAAACAACAAGACCCGCCGCGCCACAUGCCCCGAGAUCUGGCUAAGCAGCGCUGACGACGAAUAUCGACCGGUAACCCGGUGCGUUCUCCGCCUUUACGGCUCCCCGAAUGUCGGAAAAAAGACGCUGGCCAAGCAGAUGAGCGCGCACGCCGACAUCACCGCCUGCACCGACCUGAACGGCAUGGACUUUGAGGAUGUGGGACCGGCCUCGACGAUCGCCUUCAUGAUGAACGAAAACGAAGUGCAGCUGGAAAUUAUUCAAGGAUCGGCGCUGGAGUCGGCCGCCUUCGAAGACGUGAUGCAGAUUUACAUGGUGGUCUACUCGGUGGACAGCCGCGAAUCAUUCAUUCGGGCGGCUCAGAUCUUGUAUCGUCUGCAUGAUACGAAACGAAGAGGGCCGAAGUUGCCGGUGAUUUUGAUCGGAAAUAAGGUGGACCUACAGAGGAAACGAAGAGUCUCCUUUAUUGGUAAGUUGACAGAAAUUUUUCGGUCAAAGCUUGGACUGUAAAUAGAGCACUUAAAAGAUGAAUUUUACCGCUUUUUUGGUCGUGACAUUUUCAUGGGUUCCUGAGGGAAUGACUUUCAAAUUUUCUCAAAUUUUUCGCAUACAAAAUUCCACCAAUUCGUUAAAAUCUUAGCUCGUGCUUUGCAAGUUUUGCCGAAAUUUGGUGCUUUAAAACUGGCCUACUUCAUCAGUAGUUAACAACCAGCUAAUUUCUCUAUUUUCAGAAGGCCGAAUGCUUGCCAAGAUCUACAAAUCCGCCUUUGUGGAGGCCAGCUCCUUGCUCUCGAUGAACAUGGACCAGGUUUGGGAGGAGACGCUUAAAAAGCUGCAAAAAUGCAAAAUGGCGCAGGAGCGUCAACUGCAAUGCGAAGAGAAGGGCAAAGGCGGGAACCGACUGAUGGGCCGCAUCUUCAAACGCGGCCGACGAUUUGCCAAAUCUUGCGAGGAAAUUGUCGCUCGUCUAGCUUCGUUGUAA